UGCCGGGCUCGCCCCACCGGCGCUGGGGGCUUGCCGGCCUCCGCCGGGCCGGGGGAACGGCGUUCACUGAGAGCCGGGGCAGGCCCAGGCUGGAGCGGGCCCGGCUGAGCGCGGGGCUGUGGGGCCGGGACUGGAUGAGAGGAGAGAGUCCGGUGGUCCCGGUCCUGGCGGUUACUCCCUGCGAGGGCGAGCGAAGCUCCUGUGCCGGGCUGGGGCCUCGCUGAGGGGCGGCCGGUGUUCUGCGUGCCCCGGGUGCUUCGUUAGGAAUGGUUCUGUCAUCGCUAAUUGGGGAGGCAGGAAGUGACUGCUGAAUAACCCCCAUCAGCUCCAUGCGGGAAAAACUCCUUGGACCUGACUGGAAUAGAGUCCAUGGACCAGUGUCGUCACACAUUGGAGCAGCACAACUGGAACAUAGAGGCAGCUGUACAGGACCGACUAAAUGAACAAGAGGGUGUCCCAAGUGUCUUUAAUCCUCCUCCAUCCCGGCCGUUGCAGGUCAAUACAGCUGACCACAGGAUCUACAGCUAUGUUGUCUCAAGGCCACAACCAAGGGGCCUGUUAGGAUGGGGUUACUACUUCAUAAUGCUUCCAUUCCGAUUCACCUAUUACACAUUACUUGAUAUAUUUAGGUUUGCUCUGCGUUUUAUACGCCCUGAUCCUCGUAGUCGGGUCACUGACCCAGUGGGGGACAUUAUUUCCUUUAUUCAUAUGUUUGAGGAAAAAUAUGGGAGGAUACACCCUGUCUUCUACCAGGGAACUUACAGCCAGGCACUGAACGAUGCCAAGCGGGAGCUGCGCUUCCUGUUGGUUUAUCUUCAUGGAGAUGACCACCAAGACACGGAUGAAUUCUGCCGCAAUACACUGUGUGUACCUGAGGUGAUCACCCUCAUAAACACCAGAAUGCUCUUCUGGGCUUGUUCAACCAAUAAACCAGAGGGAUACAGAGUCUCCCAGGCUCUGCGAGAGAACACGUACCCAUUCCUGGCUGUGAUCAUGCUGAAGGAUCGCAGGAUGACAGUAGUUGGGCGGCUGGAAGGCCUCAUCCAGGCUGAUGACCUCAUUAAUCAACUGAUGUUCAUCAUGGAUGCCAACCAGACAUACCUGGUGUCCGAACGCCUGGAAAGGGAAGAGAGGAACCAAACACAAGUCCUGCGGCAGCAGCAGGAUGAGGCCUAUCUGGCAUCCUUACGUGCGGACCAGGAAAAGGAGCGCAAGAAGAAGGAGGAACGGGAGAUGAAGAAGAGGAAGGAGGAGGAAGUGCAGCAGCAAAAACUAGCAGAGGAGAGGCGGCGGCAGACGCUGCAGGAGGAGAAGGAGCGGAAGUCGGAAUGCCUUCCCCCCGAGCCACAUCCCGAUGACCCAGACAGCGUCAAGAUCAUUUUCAAGCUGCCUAACGAUUCCAGAGUGGAGCGGCGAUUCCACUUCACACAGUCCUUGACGGUGAUCCACGACUUCCUGUUCUCCUUGAAAGAAAGCCCUGAAAAGUUCCAGAUUGAGGCCAACUUCCCUCGCCGGGUCCUGCCCUGCCUCCCCACAGAGGAGUGGCCCAACCCACCCACAUUGCAGGAGGCCGGACUCAGCCACACGGAAGUCCUCUUUGUGCAGGACCUCACGGACGAUUGACACUUCUUUCCAGCAGGACACACCAUGGAAAGAGAAAUUCAUAUUAUUAUUAUAAUACGAUAUUUUUUUUAAAUGACUGCGUACAAAAGGAGGGAUCGGAGACCACAAUGGCCUGUGCUGAGUGUGUGUGCACGGGCGAGAGGAAGUGGGGGUGUGCGUGUCCUCACACCCCCCCCGCGCACAGCCAUCCCCUACACUUGGAGGGCAGAGAGGGAGGGGAGCUGGUGUUGCCCCUCCGCCCUCCCUGGGGAGGAACAGGAAUGGCAGCUCUUGGGAAUUCUUGCUUUUAUUGACGACAAUAAUAAUAAACCCCCGACAACAACCCUGAACAUCUCGUGAAGAUUUGAUACUGCUGCUCCCGAGAGCCGGAACGCCGGGCACCUCCAUGUGCUGGGAGGGGGGUGGGAAGGGCUGGACAGAAUCUCUUCAGCUUCCGUCUGUGUAUAAAUAUCUUUCCUUUUAAUAUUUCUCUUGCUUUGUAAUGACCAAAGGAGAAGGGGGUUGACUAUAGUAUUAACUUUUUUGAUAAAGAGCUGGUUCGAUUCUUA